GUAGGAGGCGCUGUGGAACCUCUUGGCGGCUUGGGCCAACGCUCCCCUUUCCCGCACGAAUGGCGGCAGCCGGUUGUGGGGCUGGGCUCGGGACAUCCACAGGACUGGAGGCGGCGACACUGCAGAAGCUGGCGCUUCGGCGGAAGAAGGUGCUGGGAACUGAGGAGAUGGAGCUGUACGAGCUUGCACAGGCUGCCGGUGCCACCAUCGACCCCGAUGUGUUCAAGAUCCUGGUGGACUUGCUGAAUCUGAACGUGGCUCCCCUGGCCGUCUUCCAGAUACUGAAGUCCAUGUGUGCUGGUCAGCGGCUAGCGAGCGACCCCCAGGACUCGGUAUCCACGUCUCUGUCCACAUCAGAGACCCGAGGAAGAAACAGAGGUGGCCCCACUCUUGGCAGUGUGCCCAUAGUGGCAGAACGUGGAAGCCGUGAAGGACCCAUCCAGAGGAUGCCACGCCAGCCCAGUGCUACUAGGUUGCCCAAAGUGGCAGGACCUGGGAAAAGUAACUCCCGGAGCAGCACAUAGUCCAGAACAGAGGCUGCACUUGGCAUCACAGUCUCUCUCUGCCACUUCUGGAUACUAUUAAAACACAGAGAUUUAGAGUGAAAUCUGUAUUCAGUUCUGCUUUUUGCUACAGCCAAACUAACCAGGAGGCAUAAAAGUGAUUUUUGGUUUUUUGAUCUUUAUUUGGGAACUAAGAAAAUAUGUAUAUUGCUGGGCCUUUUUAUAAACAGGCCAGCAUGCUUUCCAGAAUGCAAAAAGUUCCCUACAAUACUGACCCAUCACAGAGCUAGUAGGCAGGGGUACCAGUGUGACCACUAAGCCAGGUAUGGAUGAAAUGUCACCAUCAAGAUCAGUAACAUGUCUUUGCCCCCAAAUCCUCCCCUUUCACAUUUAAUCCAGUUUUUGUGAUUUUGAGGACACUCCCCACACAGAUCUGUUUUAGAUCCUCCAUUUUAGGUUGAUACAGGUGCUCACUAUAUAACCCAUGCUGGCCUAGGACUCAAUAUCCAGUAGCCUCUGAUUCCUGAGUUCUGGGACUGAACUCUAUGUGCAUACACUCCAAUCACCACCAUGCCUGAUUGGACUCUCUAUUGCUUUUUUUACUUUAGUUAGAAUGCCUCAUCAGUGUAGAAGUGAUCAAACGUGUUCCAGUACACCCAUUCUCUGUCAUGAUUAUGAUGUUGUUGAGCACUCACGUAGCUUCCUGCACCUUGGCCUGAUCUCAACAAGACCAUAGUUGGGGAGGGGCUAGUAGUUACUGUAAGUAAAUUGGUUGUAACUCUGUGGAUUUGGUCCCAGGUUUCAGCACCAACAAUGUAGGUAUAAUUUGUUGCAACAACUCUGGGGAAAGGUGUCCUGACUACCUGGGUAUCCUGGAC